CAAGGACGUGGGCACGCAACGUCUCUUGAGGGAAAGCGGAGGAGAAAAGCGAAACAUGGCGACAUCGAAUAAUCCGCGGAAAUUUAGCGAGAAAAUCGCUUUACAUAAUCAGAAACAGGCAGAAGAGACAGCAGCAUUCGAGGAAGUGAUGAAAGAUUUGAGUAUGACCCGAGCAGCGAGGAAGACCCAGUAUUUACAGUUGGGACAAAACCGUGGGCAGUAUUAUGGCGGAUCAUUGCCAAAUGUCAAUCAGAUUGGAAAUGGCACCAUUGACAUGCCUUUUCAGACUCCCUUUCAAGGUUCAGGUGACACCAGCAGGACAACACGGCAUCAUGGAUUGGUUGACAGAGUUUACCGGGACAGAAACCGCAUCACGUCCCUACACGGAAGGCCCCUCGACAAACAUGGACGCCAAAUUGAUAGCUCUCCAUAUGGCUCGGUGUAUCUGUCACCCCCACCCGACACCAGUUGGAGGAGGACAAACUCGGACUCUGCGUUGCAUCAGAGCACUUUGAACCCACAGGAUAUUUUUGCAGGAGGCUCACAGGAUUUGCAGCUUAAACGAGGGCCAGAAGACACAGAAUCAGAUAUGGACAAAGACGAACAAAAACAGAGCUGGGAUGGCAAAAAGAAUGUUUCAUCAAGAUCCAAGGUUCCAGGAAUCAACAUAUUCCCGUCUCCAGAUCAGGAGCUGACCGCGUCACUGAUGCCUUCAGCCCAAAACACCGGCGGCGGCUCCCUGCCUAAUCUGACCAACAUCCAGUUCCCCCCUCCGCUGCCCACCCCCCUGGACCCCGAGGACUCUGCCCUCAGCGCCUACAAUAGCACGGAUAACCUGGCCUCCAGCCACUCAUACAGCUUCAGCUCCAACAGCCAAGCAGGACAGACCACCUCCCAGCAAGGCAGGCAGGACAACAACAUAGUCAUCCAGGACUCCCACCAGCACCAGUCCCUACAGCUCUCCCCCACCCUGUCGCCACCCCUCACCCUCGCCCAGGCGGAGACCAUAGACGCCAUGACACUGGAGGCACAAUUGUCCCAGUACACGUUCUUCAGCCAGCCCUCUAAUCAACAACAGCAGCAGCAGCAGACCACUCAAGGACUGACCAGGCUGGUCCAGCUCCCCUCCCCUCUGAACAUCUCUUCCAGCCAGACACAAAACUCCAUGGAUAUGAACUCGCACCACUCCAUAUUGGGUAGUGUAUUUGCUGACUUCUAUGACCAGCAACUCACAUCCAGACAGACCAGUGCUCUCUCCCAAAAGCUGGAGCAGUUCAACAUGACAGACAACAACAGUCUGUAUGGCCAGGGCUCCACCCUCAACUACUCCCAAGCAGCCAUGAUAGGUUUGAUGGGUAGCCACGGCAACCUGCAAGACUCCCAGCAGCUGGGCUACAGUAGCCAUGGCAACAUCCCCAACAUCAUUCUCACAGCCACUGGAGAGUCACCACCCAGACUGUCCAAGGGGUUGUCUUACAGCUCUCUGUCGGCUGACAUCAGCUUCGACGCAGACUCUCAGUUUCCCUUGGACGAGCUGAAGAUCGACCCUCUGACCCUGGAUGGGCUGUACAUGCUCAACGAUCCUGACAUGGUCCUCACUGACCCCGCCACGGAAGACGCCUUUCGGAUGGACCGGCUUUAGAGCCGCUGCCAAGUUGACCGACUGUCUCGGAGGAACCCGGCCUGAGGGGAGAGGGAUAUUUUGGGAGUGUGGUAGCUCGUGGCUAGGCCCCAGCUGUGCAGUGUAUUCAUCCCACACUCCCACCUCCCUUCACCAGACACCCCUUUCUAAGAGCCAUGGUAAGAUGAGCUAGUAGGGAAAUGGUCGGCAGAGUUUGCUUUCUCCCUUCCGGAUGGAAAAGAUGGAAGGGCGACAUUGUCAUGUUUGGUGGAUAUUGCGCUUAAGGAUCUGCCUGUGACCAGUCUGUGCUAACCACAUACAUCCCUUAACUUGUUUAUUUAUUUUAUUAUAUGCUGCCUGCCAGCCUUUCUGUUGGAUGCUUUGCUUUUUGUAAAGGAAAACAAAAGAGGAUACAAACUACAUUGGUCUGGCCUUCCAUUUGAAGACAUUCAUUGAUUAAAAUCAUGUCUGCAGUGGCGGGUCAGUGAGGACCAUGUCAGGAUCGUUGAGCAUGUACAGCCCAUUGUUUAUCUUUCUCUCACCUGCCAUACUAGAUUAGCAUGUCUCAUUAUCACCCAUCUGCUUUUUCACAACCGCCCCUCUAUUGGCUAAUCUUGCCAGUCUCACAUUUUCAUCAGUGCACUUAACCGCGCUGUCAUUAAUUCACACUAUACAGUGCCUUCAGAAAGUAUUCACACCCCUUUACUUUUCCCACAUUUUGUUGUGUUGUGAGGUGGGAUUAAAAUGUCCUUUUUUGUCAAUGAUAUACACAAAAUGCUCUAAUGUCAAAGUUGAAGAAAAAUUCUAACAUUUAAAAAAACUUUAUGGAAAAUGAAACACUAACUGAGUCAACCCCCUGAGUCAAUACAGGUUACAAUCCCCUUUGGCAGCGAUUACAGCUGUGAAUUUUUCUGGAUAAGUCUAAGAGAUUUGCACACCUGGAUUGUACAAUAUUUGCCCAUUAUUCUUUAAAAAAUUAUUCAUACUCUGUCAAGUUGGUUGUUGAUCAUUGCUAUACAGCCAUUUUCAAGUCUUGCCGUAGAUUUAAGCCAAUUUUAAGUAAAAACUGUAACUAAGCCAUUCUAUGUCAUCAUUGUAAGAAACUUCAGUGUAUAUGGCCUUGUGUUUUAGGCUAUUGUCCUGCUAAAUGCUGAAUUUGUCUGUCAGUGUCUGUUGGAAAGCAGACUGAACCAAGUUUUCAUCUAGGAUUUUGCCUGUGCUUAGCUCUAUUCCAUUUUUAUUUUUAUUUAUUUAUUUAUUUUAAAGCUUCCUAGUCCUUGCUUAUGAUAAGCAUACCCAUAACAUGAUGCAACCACCACCAUGGUACUCAUUGAUGUGUUGUGUUGGAUUUGUCCAAAACCAAACGCUUUGUAUUUAGGACUAAAAAUUCAUUGUUUACAGUAUUACUUUAGUUUCUUAUUGCAAACAGGAUGUAUGUUUUGGAAUAUUUUUAUAAUGUACAGGCUUCCUUCUUUUCACUCUGUUAUUUAGGUUAGUAUUGUGGAGUAACUACAAUGUUGUUGAUCCAUCUUCAGUUUUCUCCUAUCACAGCCAUUAAACUCUGUAACUGUUUUAAAGUCACCAUUGGCCUCAUGGUGAAAUCCCUGAGCGGUUUCCUUCCUCUCUGUCAACUGAGUUAGGAAGGACGCCUGUAUCUUUUUAGUGACUGGGACUAUUGACACACCAUACUCAAAGGGAUAUUCAAUGGCUCCUUUUCCUUUUUUUACCCAUCUAGGUGCCCUUAUUUGGGAACCAUUGGAAAAAAAACCUGGUCUUUGUGGAUGAAUCUGUGCUUGAAAUUCACUGCUUGACUGAGGGACCUUACAGAUAAACUACAGUGGCUUGCGAAAAUAUUCACAACCCCUUGGCAUUUAUCCUAUUUUGUUGCCUUACAACCUGGAAUUAAAAUUGAUUUUUGGGAGGGCUUGUAUAAUUUGAUUUACACAACAUACCUACCACUUUGAAGAUGCAAAAUAUUUUUUAUUGUGAAACAAACAAGAAAUAACUUUGUAGAGCCACCUUUUGCAGCAAUUACAGCUGCAAGUCUCUUGGGGUAUGUCUCUAUAAGCUUGGCACAUCUAGCCACUGGGAUUUUGCCCAUUCUUCAAGGCAAAACUCCUCCAGCUCCAAGUUGGAUAGGUUCUGCUGGUGUACAGCAAUCUUUAAGUCAUACCACAGAUUCUCAAUUGGAUUGAAGUCUGGGCUUUGAGUAGGCCAUUCCAAGACGUUUAAAUGUUUCAACUUAAACCACUGAAAUGUUGCUUUAGCAGUAUGCUUAGGGUCAUUGUCCUGCUGGAAGGUGAACCUCUGUCCCAGUCUCAAAUCUCUGGAAGACUGAAACAGGUUUCCCUCAAGAAUUUCCCUAUAUUUAGCGCCAUCGAUCAUUCCUUCAAUUCUGACCAGUUUCCCAGUUCAUGCCGAUUAAAAACAUCGCCACAGCAUGAUGCUGCCACCACCAUGCUUCACUGUGGGUAUGGUCAUCUGGGUGUGAUGAGAGGUGUUGGAUUUGUGCCAGACAUAGCGCUUUCCUUGAUGGCCAAAAAGCUACAUUUUAGUCUCAUCUGACCAGAUCUCUGCUGUGGAGCUUUGUAGCUACUUCAGGGUUAUAUUUGGUCUCUUGGUUGCCUCUGUGUUGCAGAUUCUGAGGCCUUUCAGAACAGGUGUAUAUAUACUGAGAUCAUGUGACAGAUCAUGUGACACUUAGAUCAAACACAGGUGGACUUUAUUUAACUAAUUAUGUGAAUUCUGAAGGUAAUUGGUUGCACCAGAUCUUAUUUAGGGGCUUCAUAGCAAAGGGGGUGAAUACAUAUGUUUAAACAAGUUAUUUCACUUCACCAAUUUGGACUAUUUUGUGUAUUUCCAUUCCAUGAAAUUCAAAUAAAAAUAUAUUUAAAUUACAGGUUGUAAUGCAACAAAAUAGGAAAAACACGAAGGGGGAUGAAUACUUUUGCAAGGCACAGUACAUGACCAAAAGUAUGUGGACACCUGUUCGUCGAACAUCUCAUUCCAAAAUCAUGGGCAUUAAUAUGGAGUUGGUCCCCCCUUUGCUGCUAAAAUAGCCACCACUCUUCUGGGAAGGCUUUCCACUAGAUGUUGGAACAUUGCUGCCGGGACUUGCUUCCAUUCAGCGACAAGAGCAUUAGUGAGGUCGGGCAUUGAUGUUGGGCGAUUAGGCCUGGCUCGCAGUCGGCGUUUCAAUUCAUGCACGGGAGAAUUUUCAUGCUGAAACAGGAAAUGUGCUUCCCCAAACUGUUGCCACAAAGUUGGAAGCACAGAAUCGUCUUGCAUGUCAUUGUAUGCUCUAGCGUUAAGAUUUCCCUUAACUGAAACUAAGGGGCCUAGUCCGAACCAUGAAAAACAGACCCAGACCAUUAUUCCUCUUCUACCUAACUUUACAGUUGGUCCUAUGCAUUGGGGCAGGUAGCGUCUCCUGGCAUCCGCCAAACCCAGAUUCAUCCAUCGGCCUGCCAGAUAGUGAAGCGUAAUUCAUCACUCCAGAGAACGUGUUUCCACGGCUCCAGAGUCCAAUGGCGGCGAGAUUUACACCACUCCGGCCGACUCUUGGCAUUGCGCAUGGUGAUCUUAGGCUUGUGUGUGGCUGCUCAGCCAUGGAAACCCAUUUCAUGAAGCUCCCGACAAACAGUUAAUGUGCUGACGUUGCUUCCAGAGGCAGUUUGGAACUCUGUAGUGAGUGUUGCAACCGAGGAAAGACGAUUUUUACGCGCUUUGGCUUCAACACUCGGUGGUCCUGUCUGCGAGCUUGUGGGGGGAGGUAGCCUAGUGGUUAGAGCGUUGGACUAUUAACCGAAAGGUUGCAAGAUUGAAUCCCCGAGUUGACAAGGUAAAACUCUGUCGUUCUGCCCCUGAACAAGGCAGUUAACCCACUGUGUGUGCGGCCUACCACUUUGCGGGGGAGCUGUUGUUGCUCCUAGACGUUUCCACUUCACAAUAACAGCAUUUACAGUUGACCGGGGCAGCUCUAGCAGGGCAGAAAUUUGAUGAAUUGACUUGUUGGAAAGGUGCCAUCCUAUGACGGUGCCACAUUGAAAGUCACUGAGCACUUCAGUACAGGCCAUUCUACUGCCAAUGGUUGUCUAUGGAUAUUGCAUGGCUGUGUGCUCAAUUUUAUACACCUGUCAGUGACGGGUGUGGCUGAAAUACCCGAAUCCACUCAUUUGAUGGUUUGUCCACAUCCUUUUGUGUAUAUAUAGUGCCAUUGUAUGUGUGGGGUACAGAGAUGGGGUAGUCAUUUAAAAAUCAUGUUAAACACUAUUAUUGCACACAGAGUGAGUCCAUGCAACUUAUUAUGUGACUUGUUAAGCACAUUUUUACUCCUGAACCUAUUUAGUCUUGCCAUAACAAAAGAGUUAAAUACUUAUUGACUCAAGACAUUUCAGCUUUACCUUUUUAAUUCAUUUGUAAGCAUUUCUAAAAACAUAAUUCCACUUUGACAUUAUGGGGUAUUGUGUGUAGGUUAGUGACACAAAAUCUAAAUGUAAUCCAUUUUAAAUUGAGCCUGUAACACAACAAAAUGUGGAGAAAGUCAUGGGGUGUGAAUAUGUUCUGAAGGCACGGUAGUUGUAUUUAUUGGUGCAGUUUUUUUUUACCAGUAUUUUACUUUUGGUUUCUUUCCAAACUCAGUCCAUAAAUUCUGUGAGCGUUUCAGGGUUGAACAACAUGUUUUAGUGCUGAAAGGUAUACUACAAAGCGGGUUCAAUGAGUUAGCCAGCUAACUUGCCUAAAUAUUCAGAAGUAACUUGUAAUUUUUUGUAAAGAUAUACUUGAAAUGGGCAAGAUCUAAUUGACUCAACGACCAAAAAUGCAUAUCUAAGUUUAACUUUCUUCAUGACCCAGAAAAUAAAUAGUUAUUUCUGGUUGUUUAUCAAAGUUAGCUGGCUAACUCAUUUAUCCUGCUUUGUAGUAUACCCCUCAGGUAAACAGUUAAGCGGUUUCCUUUGUUGAACAACUAGGAGUGCUAACCCUCACCUUUUAGCUUGUGAUUGGCCACGGCAACCAAAGUAAGGCCUAAAUUCAAGUUAAACAAUCCUUGAAAAAUCACUUACAACUCUGUUUGUUUGUAGAGUUUUCAAAAAAAGGGCUGUCAUAGGGUCAUUUUGGCACUUUAUUCCUGAAAUGACAUUUAAUCUCUACUAUGGUAGCUGGUUUGGAGAAGCAAACCAGAUGGACAUGAAAUCUGAAUGAACCACUGUGAUUCCAGAUUCUGCCUUAUAAGAUUACAUGAUAUGGAAAGCUAUGAUCGACAAUCUCUCCAUUACAUUUUUUUUGUAAUUGUGCAACUUGUUGAGACAAGUAGUGAAGUGCAAACCUUUAUCGAGCAUCCCCCAUUGUUUUCCAAUACCUAGGCCUGACUUAGAUUGGCACUAGUAUGAGAAUAUGACCAACGCCAGACUGAAAUUUUGCUCUAGCGAGAAUAUGACCAAGUUGAACACAACUAAGGGAGGUGUAUCACUGCUUAUGUUGUUAUCCACUGCUUUUCACUAGUUACCAUUUUGCUUUUCAUAUUUAUAUUCACACAUUUUGUGAAGUGGUACUGUAUUUCCCAUGUCAGCCUAAUUUGCUUAAUUGGCCCAUGUCAGCCUAAUUUGCUUAAUUGGCCCAUGUCAGCAUAAUUGGUCUAAUUGGCCCAUGUCAGCAUAAUUGGUCUAAUUGGCCCAUGUCAGCCUAAUUGAUCCGAGGUUUCACAUUUCUGGUGCCCUUAAAGUUGUUACUUGUGAAUUAGAUGCUUUGCUUCCAUUAGUUGUCAUUUCUAAAUUGGAUCUUGCUUAUGAUAUCUAUGCAAAACAAAUUAAAUUGAUUGAUUGAGGACUGAGCGUUAUUCGCGAUCUAAUAGACAUAACAAAGUACCUCAACUAAAUGACCUUGUUGAAUUGUACAGUACCAUUUUGAUUGCUUUUUCUCAGCAAAGAAAUGAGCAUGUUGGCAUGUUUCAUUUGCUACAUUUUAAUAUUUACACUUCGCGGAGGAGUAUUCAAAUGAUAUAUUCUGCACGUUGGCUUUGGCAGAAAAAGUAAAAAAGCAUGACAAAAGACAAAUGCUGCAUAUGUUAGAAAAUUGACCCCUUCAUGUGAUUCUCAUGGAUGUGUCAGAGGUAGAUUUUACUGCUAAAAUGUGAUUAUUUUCUGACAAGAAGAGUCAACUGCCUCUAUAUUAUAACAGCAUUGCUGCAACCAGAAUGUAUUUAAUCAUCUUCAUACAGUAUUAUCAUAAUCUUGACACCUUCAUUUGUCUCGUGUGUGUGUGUGUGUGUGUGUGUGUGUGUGAUGUUUUCCACUCAUUGUCAUCAGCUCUUCAGUCUUUUCUGGAUGUAUAGUGUCAGAAUUUCAGUUUUGUUGCAGCUGUAGGCUUUACAGUUGACCUGUUAAUAGUUAAUGUCAAGUGAGCUUGCUUUUUGUGAAUAAUUUCAUUGGAUGUACCCAUGACAUUAUCCUGCAUUUUACUUUGCACUUUACUCACAACAUUAAAGCAUUGAGCCCUGGGACUUUUUCACCCCCCACUGAGCGACUGUUAUGUGCACUGGACCUGUUUCCCCAUGUGUUUGGUCAAACUUGACUUCUUGUUAAAAAAAAGAAAGUGUAUUUUUAAAAAGCAUAUGUUUAUAGUCUAUAUAAAAAGUUUUUUUUUUUUUUUACCAGCUAGUAUUUUUUGUGAGGCGUCUGAUAUUGUGACUUUGAAAUGCUCCAAUUUUGGAAGCUAAUAUUAUAAACUUUGUAUUUUUGGAUAGAAGAUUUCUCACUGCAGAACAGAUACGGCUGGUCAUGCUCCUGUUGUGCUUCAAGCGUAGCUACAAGUACAAUACAAGCAGGGUGAAGUAAUCAUGUAAUUGGGAAGCAAUUAGAUGUAACACAAUUGAUGCAUCAAAGAGUGCUGUGGGAAACCACUUUUAAUGGUUAAUGGUAAAAUAUGUACUAAAGGUGUCACAGACAGGAGUGAGAACAGUUGUCUUGUUGUGCAUAGAGUCUAUAAACAAAACCCACUAUUAUCAUAUAAUAUGCACUAUUUAACUGUGUCAUUCGCUAUCUAUACUUCAGUACUGUGUGAGUAAAUUCACCUUGAAGAAAUACCACUAGUUAUGAUUUAUAUCAGUCAGGUAUGUGCUCAAUUCAGAAUUUUAGAAUUGACUCCCAUUCAAUUCAUGAGUUCAAAUUUGAAUUGAAUUGGCCACACCCCACAGGAUGUAGAAUUUGAGUUUGAUUGACAGGAAGUAGAAUUAAAUUCUGUGCAAUUCAAAGAAAUUCCACUCAGACAUAACAUGAGUUUUUCACUGAAUCUGACAGGUCACACUUCCAGAUACCAAAGAAUAUAUGACUUUUCUCUGGAAACAAUGUUCAUAUUCUAUUUUAGUGCAUAGAAUAGCCAAUUAUAUUUCCACCAACUAUUUCAUUUGUUUGGCUUAUUUUGAAGGCUUUAGGGCCAACACUAAUGCAUUCUGGGAAAUGUAGUAUUUUCCCUAUAUUUAACUACAUUUAAGAGAUUAAUGAAAUAUAAUAUCUUAGAAUAUUUGCAUUCAGGUUUUGUUUUCCUCGAUCAUUGAUUUUAAGAGUUUGUCCUGAAAAUCAAUAUUUUAUAUGCAUGUAUAUAAUGACAUGUUUUAUGUACAAUAUGUAUAUUUGUAUAGACUACACCUAAUAUAGAAUAGAAGAGGCAUUUGAAUUUCACUGAAUUCAAUUUUAUUUACUUUUCAUUCAAAUUACAAUUCUGUAUCCUGUUUACUACUUCAAUUCAAAUUCAUGUAUUGAAUUGAGGCAUUUUCAAUUCUGAAUUGGUCACUUGUAGAGAGAAAUAUGUGGGAAUCUUUUCAAACCCUGGUGUUGGUCUUCAUUUAUUUUAGUUGACCUUUGAACGUGUUUGGCUGCCACCUGUCAUUUUCCUUUUCAGUAGUGUUACAGACCUUAUUUGUCUUUUGAUACGCUUGCGAGAAGAAAAAAAACUUUACUGUGUGGAGAAGGCAUAUGGUACAUUCCUUAAUGUGCAGCUACUGUAAUGCAAUAGCAGAAAGCAUAAUGCAUUGUGAGCUUACACAAAUGAUGAGCUGUCUUUGUACUAUCUUGGAUUUUGUGUUAUUUGAAAGGUUUAUCUAAAUUCUGGUCUCAUGUAUGUUAGUGUAUAUUUGCUAUGUUCACAGUAAAUACAUGCAGAUCACCAUUUACCAUAGAUACAUGGGACACCUUCCUUACAUGUUUUUUGUAUGAAUAUAUUCUUUGAAUCUGUUUGUUCAGUGUGAGCUGGUCAAGCAUGCAAAACAUUAUUGGUUACAGAUCUGAAUGUCAGAACAGUUUUGGCUGCUAGAGUGGUUCUGAAUCAGAAGCAGUUCAGAUUUCUAAUCUUUAGCGCUUGAUUUUUACUUUUUGUGUGUGGAAAUGUUUCCUAUUUCUUUUUUCUGAUUGCUUUGCAUGAGUUUCAAGACAAACUUUUUUCUUAUUUUUAGCUUGGUUUUAUUUUGUAUGUUCUUUUUUUCUAUCAAGCACAAUGUCAUGCAAAAGAUUAUAUUGGAAGAAAGGUGGAAUAGACUUUGUUUAAAUGGGGUUUAAUGUUCUGUUACGUUUUCCUUGUAUGGUCAAUUGUUGGUCUUCGAUUCGAACAGUGGCAAGGCCUCACAAAACUGAAGUGCUAUGUCCAAAAGCAACAAAAUAAAUGUUUUCAGCCUUUUAUUCACAUGGAGAGGCACAUACUUAUACAUUAGAUCUUAUGUGUUUAUGCACUAGAUGCCCACUGAAGUGUAUUCUGUUUGCCGAGUGUAUAGAUUAACUGUGUAUAUUGCUUUUCGGUAGAAAUGUUUUUGUGCUUUAUGUGAUAUGUCAAUAGUGAAAAUGUGUGUUACAUGCACUGAGAAUUAAUGUGCUGCAGUAUGUCAUUGUUCUUCUGUUCUGUUUUUCUGACUUAGUAUCGGUUUACCAAAUGUUUUCAGACUGAUCAAAACUCCAUGUUGCUUAACUGUGUUUUUACAAUCACUUGUCUUUUCUUAAAAAAAAAAAAUCUGUGUUUAUGUAGUAAAUCUGACUGAUUUGAAAGAUCUAUUAUUACUGCCACAAUUUUUGCACCAAUAUUCGCGUGUCCAACAGUUUAUACUCAAAACGUUUACAGAAGCCACCGUUUACAAAGAAUGGAGCAGGUUCGGAUGGUUUUUGUGUGUGUACGCUCAUGUAUCUUAUCAUGGAUAGAAAUUGAUAAACCACAUGAACUUACAGGUAGAUAUCAGUUUGGUUAUAAAGGACUAUUUUGUGUUCUCAUGACUUGUUUACAAAAUGUGUCCUUUGGAAUUGUAAUAGUAUAUCAGUCAUACAAAUCAACUGUGUGCAAAAGGAAAUGGCCAAACACAAAGAUCCUUCUCUAAAUAAGGGGAAAGAUGUUGUUUUAAUAUGAAAUGGACCCUUGCCAACCACACAGGAUACUGUAAUCCAGGGGUCUUCAACCUUUUCAUGCCCAGAGACUAGCUCCCAGACAAAUUGGCGACCCAGGGACCCCAAUCACACGUUAGAAAAAAUAAAUGUUUUCACGUCUUGUCUUAUCAUUAGGUGACUGAUAAGAGCAAAAAGUAAUCAACAAUUUAAAAUAAAUAGAUUUAGUAGAUAUUUUUCACCACCCCACAUUCUAAUUGGAAGAGGAAGUAUAAACUCUAAUAUAGCCUAUUAGCUAGAAACCCAUUUUUGCUAAGAGCAGCUGUUUAGCUGGUGAAACAAAGUUUAGUUGUGUUUUGGCAAAAAUGUCCAAGUCAAGAAAGCUAACCAGCAGUUGUAUUAUCAUAUUUUAUACUGUAGGUAUGUAAUUUAAAAUCAGUUUAUUCUGUUGCUAGUGAUGUAAAUAAAUAUAUAUUUUCAAGGACCCCCGGUUGAAUAACCCUGCUGUAAACCCAUCAACUUCCCCGUGACACCAGACAGGUAAUCUGGGAAAUAUAUAACUAUUACAUAGCCAAACAUGGCCAUCUCAACGUUUUAACAUAUGCCAACUAGCCUGGCUGCCUAGUUGAAUCAGCAGUUGACAGCUUCCCUUAAUGUCAUGACUGUGUAAUGGAGCUGUCCAAUGCUGAAACCGACAGAUCCAGGCUGUAUAGCUGCUAAAUAAAUAACUGUAUUUCCAAAGUAUUACGUUCAUAAAUUGUCCCUUUUACUCUUAUUUAUAGUUCCAGUAAUGCACUUGUUUUGGAGCACAUUGUUAUCUGUCCUUCACUAAAAUGUGUUUCUGUCAAUGUUGAAAUACUCUUCAAAUACUCUAAUUUCCCACUGCAUCUCAAAAGUUACGUUUUUGUUUUGUUAGACUGAGAAUUACAUAAACUUAAAACUGUACACUUGUCUAUGAAUAGUUUACAUUUAGAAAAGGAAAAUAUUUGAGGAAAAUAUAAAUCGGCUUUAUCUUAAGUUUAUUUCUCACUGCAUAACCUACUGCAUUAAGACUGACAUGUGACUGACAUUUUCAGCUUGAUACCUUGAGGUAAAUAUCUCCUUAUGAUGUAAAAAAAAGUCUUGAUGUGAUAUUUUUUGCUUUUAGCAAGUAUUUAGCUCUGACUAGGUUAGGUUAACCAUGUGCAAACACUCUGUGACUAAAACCUGCUCACCCAAAGCAUCUCCAGUAGGAUAAAAUGCAGAUCUCAAUAUGUCUGUAAAUGUUUAUUAUAGUGGCAAUACAUAUAAAAAGGGAAAAUCAACCAGACAGAUGAAAUGGUGAUAAUCAUUGUUUGAUCAUUCAGGAUAGUUACCACAACAACAAAACUAGAAAUCCUCUGAUAUGUGCAUUUAAUGGGGGAUGGCCCACUCUAGUGGUCCCUUUCUCAUACAACGGCAGCUAAAUUGUAAUAUAAUGUAUUUUCUUUUCAGUACUAUUACUCAAAUGUUGCAAAUGUAUUUAACUGCAAUGUCUGGAUACUACACCUACUGUACUCACAGCAACAGGACAGUUAUGCUCAUCGAAUAUGCAAAUCCUAGCAUUCAGCAGAACAGCUUGGCAAUCCUAUACUUUUGUUGAGCUGACCCUUUAAAAUGAAUGGAUCAAAUCUUGUUCUUUUAAAUUGUGCUUUUAUAUAAAACGGGAAAAAACAGACCAAAAAAUCCAAGUGGGCUGUAUGGCCCACUCUAGUGUGCUAUGUGUGCUAAAUAACUGAAAACGGAUGUUAAGCUUCUAUUCUAAUCAUACCUAAUGUAUUUUUCUUGUGUGAAGGCUUCAGUCUUUGUAACUUUGCAUUACUAUUUGUAAAUGAAAUUAGAUUAAAUAAAAUCUAAAUAAGCAUA